GAACUGGAGUCAUCCUAUGCAUAGAGAAGGCAUUAGCUCAGUCAGGGGUAUCCAAGGAAGAUGUAAACUACAUUAAUGCGCAUGCUACAUCCACACUAGCAGGAGAUAUUAAGGAGCAUCAAGCUCUUCUCCAUUGCUUUGGCCAGAAUCCAGAGUUGCGAGUUAACUCCACAAAAUCUAUGAUUGGUCACCUGCUUGGAGCUGCUGGUGCUGUUGAAGCUGUGGCAACUAUUCAGGCAAUACGAACUGGUUGGGUUCAUCCAAAUAUUAAUCUUGAAAACCCAGAUGAAGGCGUGGAUACAAAUAAACUUGUGGGUCCCAAAAAGGAACGACUGGAUAUCAAGGUGGCAUUAUCUAAUUCAUUUGGAUUUGGUGGCCACAACUCAUCAAUCUUAUUUGCUCCUUACAAGUAAAUCUCUUGGGCAAUGUUGGUGCAUCUGACAGAUACAAAAGGAAUAUUGGGAAGGAUCCUUAAUUCCAGAGUUACAUGGACACUCUUAGAAGAGACCUGUGUCUCAAGGAAUUUGUAUCUUUUGCAAGAUAGUCGAAUGGCGGUGGUACUCCAAGGUAGAGAAUUCCUUUUUAGAUGAUUGUUGGAGACAGAAGAACCUGAAGUGCAGAAUGGGCAAAGGAUCAACUUCUUCUCCAUAGUGUGACAAUCUUCUUGUCUCUUUGCUAAACUGAAAUCUGUUUUCUUAUAUAUCCUUACACAUAACAGCCAAAUGAUUUAUGGAAACUGAGUUGGCGUAUGACCUUUAGGUGGUUGCAUAUGGCCCUUAAUACCAAGUGAACUAGUUUCCUUGUAUAAUCGGAGAAUGCCAUAUAAUCUAUAACAGCUUUUAAUUUUGACUUUCCAA